AUGAUGAGUUGGUGGUCGUCCUCCGCCAACACGGCCCUGGACGAGCAGAUUGAGAAGGCCACCAGCAGUAGUCUUGAAGAUAUUGCCCUCAACCUCGAAAUCUCCGAUGUUAUUAGAUCCAAGACGGUCGCGCCGAAAGAGGCGAUGCGCUCCCUCAAGAGGCGCAUUGGCAACAAGAACCCCAACACUCAGCUGAGCGCCCUGAACCUUAGCGAUACUUGCGUCAAAAACGGCGGAUCGCACUUCCUUGCCGAAGUCGCAUCGCGAGAGUUUAUGGACAACCUCGUGUCGCUUCUUCAAGCAGUAGGAGGUGCUGCUGUUAAUGCUGACGUGAAAUCAAAAAUCCUCGAGCUUAUACAAUCUUGGGCGGGCGCUACUGAGGGCCGAUACGAGCUUUCAUACAUCGGCGAGGUAUACCGAACAUUGCAGCGUGACGGGUAUCAGUUCCCUCCCAAAACAUCAGUGGCUAGCAGCAUGAUUGACAGCAGCGCGCCCCCGGAGUGGACGGACUCCGACGUAUGUAUGAGAUGCCGAACUCCCUUCACCUUUACGAACCGAAAGCAUCAUUGCCGAAACUGCGGCAACUGUUUUGACCAGCAGUGCUCAGCCAAGGUGGUCGCUCUGCCCCAUCUGGGAAUUAUGACACCUGUACGAGUCGACGAUGGCUGUUAUGCGAAGCUCACUAGCAAGGGUCACAAACCCCCCAAUCCCUCUCUUGAUCGAUCACCAACAUACCCUCAUAAGACGCGCAGUACAUCGGCCAUGCAACCGCGAAACGCUCGGGUCGAUGACGGUUUUGACGAAGAUUUGAAGAAAGCCUUGGCAAUGAGUUUGGAGGAGGUCAAGACCCAUAACAAUAACUAUGCUGCACCUGCUCCGACUUCUUAUACCACGAAUGGAGACGCCUUAGCAGUGAAGCAAGCAGAUGAGGAGGAUGACGAUCUCAAAGCUGCCAUCGCUGCCUCCCUAGCUGAUAUGGAGGAGCAGAAGAAGAGGCAUGCUGCGGUACUGAAGGAGCAGACUUCCAGCUCUGUGGAUAAUUCUACCACCAACAAUUUUGUUCUUCCCAAGAACGAUUAUGAAUUGACUCCUGUGGAGGCGGAGAACAUUAACUUGUUCUCAACAUUGGUGGAUCGCCUUCAGACACAGCCUCCAGGAACUAUUCUUCGUGAACCACAGAUCCAGGAGCUCUACGAUAGCAUCGGUACAUUGCGACCCAAGUUGGCAAGGACAUAUGGAGAGACCAUGAGCAAGCACGACACUCUUCUUGAUCUCCAUGCCAAGCUCUCUACAGUUGUUCGAUAUUACGACCGCAUGCUAGAGGAUCGACUUUCCAAGGCCUACAGCCAGCAGAAUCUGGGAGGAUACACCUUGCCCCCUCCUCGCCAGCCGGCCGGGCCUUAUCCUUCAAUCCCUUCUCAGAUGCCCAGUAACCCCGCAGGGGCAGAGAGUUUCUAUACUGGACAACAACGGCCCAGUUACCAAGCGCCUCCUCAACACCAGCACUACCAACAACCACCACACGCAACACCUCAGCCACAAUAUCCCUCUUAUGGAUCUGUGCCGCCUGAACCACAGCCCGGCCAAUACCCUCAUCCUCAGCAGGUGCAGAGGACAGAUAGCUGGCAAAACAGGGCACCUUCGGCACCUCUGGAUCCCUACCAACAGCAACAGCAACCCCAAGAUCCGAACCAGCAACCCCAACAGCCACAGGGGGUAAUCACCAAUGACCCUAACACUUCUUACUACUUUACACCUCAGCAAUCUCAGCAGCCACAGCAGGCCCCUCUAGGACCGUCAGCGCCAGGUCCCGCUCCCGAUGCUAGCCAGUCACCUUACCCUAAUUUACAGUCAUCUCAAUAUCCAGGAGGAUCAGUAUCUGCUCCCUCGCAGCCUACACCUGGUCAAACACCUGCUCAACCUGCGCAGACACAGCAGCCUAUUCAGUCUCCUAAUAUCCAGCACGCACAACCACCCCAACCGUCGCAACCUCAUCCUUCUCAGCCUGGUCAGCAAGCACCUCCACCACAGCAGCAAGCGUACUGGCAACCUUCUAUGCCUCAACAACAGCAGCAACCACCCGUUGCACCGCAGAACUGGGCGUAUGGCGGUUACACGCAAGACUCCUUCCCGUCUGUACCGCAACAAGAACCUGUCAAAGAACCCAUCAAGGAGGAGGCCCUGAUUGAGUUCUAG